AUGCGGAAGCUGCAGGCAGCAAGGGCUUUCCUCGAAUACCUCUAUGCGGAAGAUCGAUCCACGGUCCUCACCGUCGAAAAGGCAGAGCUUGUGAGCUUGCUGGCGCACAAGUACGGCCUGCACGACACGCUGCAAUGCUGUGACGAGUUCCUGGCAUCGCGGGUCAACAUCGACGGCUCUUCGUGGGAACUCUGGGGCGAUGACGUCAGCAAGGCAGUGCACAUGCUCGCAGUUGCCGAGGCACACAGCCUGCCGAGCCUGGCUGAGCGCGCUGAGAGGUACAUCCUGAAGAACGGGAACAACCUGUCGGCCAUCCCAGAGAUCCACAGAAUCUCCAGCGAGUGCCUGGACACGCCAGAGCUGGGAAAGGUGAAAAGAUGA